AUGGAGGACAUGCUCGCCACUUGUGACUUGUUCAUUAGCCUAGACAUUGCUCACUGCUUACGUCCAUUUCUGGCUGCUAAAGAUGGAGCACUGUUUGAUUCAUUAUUCAUCAAUUCCUUUCACUUUGCCUCUAAACCAAAACAAUCUUUCUCGAGAAAAAUUAGACUUACUUUGGUUGAUAUGAAGAGAGGUAGAGAAAACGAAGAGAGUGUGGCAAAUUGUCUAAUGCUGCAGGAUCAUGGCCUAGAAACGAAGCCGAAGUUAGACCAUUCGAUGGAGGACGUUUUUGAGUGUAAAACUUGUCAUCGCCGGUUCCCAUCGUUCCAAGCACUCGGAGGCCACAGGGCGAGCCAUAAGAGACCCAGAUUGAUGGGGGAGAGUCAGAAAGCAAACGGCUCCAAAUUUCUAAGUUUAGCAAUUACUAAGCCUAAGAUGCAUGAGUGCGCCAUAUGUGGUAAAAAGUUCGACUUGGGGCAAGCUUUGGGAGGCCAUAUGAGGAAGCAUAGAGCUUCCAUUUACGAAAGCUUCUCUCCUUUUCCUGUCGUCGCUCCAAACUUUCCGGUGUUAAGCAGAUCGAAUAGUAAAAGAAUUAUGUACUUGGACUUGAAUUUGACUCCUUUGGAGAAUGAUCUGAAAGCAUUGUUUGGGAAAAUGGCUACUAAAAUUGAUAAUCUUGGUCUUUGA